AUGGAUGGUUUAUCAUCGGCAGCGAGCGUUAUCGCGGUCAUUCAACUGACAGGAAGCCUCGUGAAGCUCUGCGGGGGCUACAUUCGCGAGGUGAAAGAUGCACGAGACCAGAUCCUCAGAUUACAAUAUGCUUUUGCGGGCCUUCAGGGGACCCUUCAAGACCUAUAUAAAUUCCUUCAAAGUACCGACGGAAGCGCCCUACCUACCUCUUCACGACUAGUCCGCAAUAUUACCGAUUGUCUCACCGAUCUCUGUUUGUUAGAAGCGAGACUUGAUUUAGGAGGGGGAAAGAAAAUGAUGAGAAAAAUGGGAUUACGAGCUCUAAAGUGGCCCUUGAAGUGCGCAGAGGUGGAAGGCAUCAUUCAGAAAAUGGAGAGAUAUAAAUCUUCAUUCCUAUUAUCUUUACAGGUGGAUCAGACUUCUCUGAUUGUCGGCGUGGCCCAGGAUAUCGAUCGCAUUAAUCAAAAUAUAGAUCUGGGGAAGUUGAAAUGCGCAAUAGAGGCAGGGUUUGAGUCAUUCUCCGAUCGAAACGAGGACCAAUGUCUCCAAGGCACUAGGACCGAGCUCCUUCAGCAAAUAAUGGAAUGGGCUACGUCGCCCUCCCAAAAAAACAUAUUCUGGCUAAAGGGAAUGGCCGGGACUGGAAAAUCCACGAUAUCUCGGACAGUGGCAAGAUUGCUUAAGGACACCGACCAUCUAGGUGGUAGCUUCUUCUUUAAGAGGGGCGAAGAGGACCGAGGCAACGCCAAGAAAUUUUUCCCAACAUUAACAGUGCAACUGAUGAAUAGCAUAUCUAAGCUAAGGUCUGGUGUGUAUAAGGCACUCCACGAUGACCCUGAAAUUGCUUCGAAAUCGCUUAAGGAGCAGUUUAACAAACUACUCCUUCAACCGCUACUCAAUCUUAACCAACUUAGCGGACAACCUCAAACCUCCGUGAUAGUGAUCGACGCUUUAGACGAAUGUGAAUAUGAUCAAGAUAUGCGAAAUAUAAUUCGAUUACUGCCUCUGCUACAGAAGGCAAAAGCGGUUCGCCUUCGGAUUUUCUUGACCAGUAGGCCUGAAAUCCCAAUAAGCCUCGGCUUCUCAGAGAUCGCAAAUCAUAAUUAUCAGGACCUAGCCCUUCAUGAGAUACCCGAAGAAGUGACAGAGCAUGAUAUAAAUCUAUUCCUACAGGACCGAUUUACGAAAAUUAAAUACGACAGAAAGAUUUCCCAAAACUGGCCCGGUGAUGACGCUAUCCAAGAAUUGGUCACGAUGUCCGUUCCACUGUUUAUUUCGGCUGCCACUGUGUGCCGUUUUAUCGAGAAUUCGAAAUGGGAACCCAAAAGACGCCUUGCAGAGCUACUUCAAGACCAAGCUCGAUAUACAGAUAAAAUGGAUAAGACGUACCUUCCGAUUCUCGAGCGACAGUUCGAUGAUCAGGACAGUGAUACUUCAGAGAAGCAGCAGCUACUACAAGAAUUCCAGGAUAUUAUCGGGGUUAUUAUUCUUCUUGCUAUUCCCCUUUCUAUCAAUGCACUUUCUAUGUUUCUCGGUCUUGAGCCAGGCCGAAUUAGCAAUCGCUUAGAUUCUUUCCAGUCUGUGCUGAGUGUGCCUAUUGACCAAGAUCUCCCCGUGAGGAUUCUACACUUAUCUUUUCGCGACUUUUUGAUUCGAAGGGAAGGUAAGUUUGGAGUGAAUGAGUCAAAUAAGCAUAGAGAAAUUGCGCAUCACUGCCUCAAGACUAUGCGACGCUAUCUAAAGAAGAACAUUUGCAAGUUGGAUAACCCUGGAAAUUAUCGGGCUAGCAUCGAUGCUCAAUCACUUCGGCAAUAUUUACCUCAAGAACUCGAAUACUCAUGUCGCUACUGGAUACACCAUCUCUCAAAAUACAAUAUCUCAGCCUACGAGGCUGAAGAAAUUUUAGCUUUCUUACGGAAACAUUUUUUAAACUGGGUGGAGGCAUUGAGCCUAUUAGGUGUUAUAUCAGAAGUGAUAGGAAUGUUAGACCUGCUUCAGAGGAUUAUACCGGACGACGACGAUUCCGCUAUAUUUGACUUCCUAGAGGAUGCACAGCGUUUCAUUCUUAUUAAUCGUCAGAUCGCUGAUAUAGCGCCACUUCAGCUCUAUUGCGCAGGCCUUGUCUUCUCACCCCUUACGGCAACAAUACGUAGAGUGUUCAACAUGGACCUUCCAACUUGGAUAUGCCAGUUACCUCAAGUCAACGAGAGAUGGAGCUCCCUAAUGCAGACUCUCGAGGGCCAUUCUGGCUCGGUGAGGUCGGUGGCUUUCUCGCCUAAGGGUCGGAUCCUUGCUUCUGGCUCCCGGGACCAGACAGUGCGGCUCUGGGACCCCGCGACAGGCGCGCUACAGCAAACCCUCGAGGGCCAUUCAGAUUCAAUUGUGUCGGUGGCCUUUUCGCCUGAUGGCUGCCUACUGGCAUCCGGCUCCGAAGAUAAGACAGUACGGCUCUGGGACCCCGCGACGGGUGCACUACAGCAGACCAUCGAGGGGCAUUCAGAUUGGGUCAGGUCAGUGGCGUUCUCGCCCAACGGCCGCCUACUGGUAUCCGGCUCCGUGGAUAAGACAAUAAAGCUCUGGGACCUAGCGACGGGCACGCUGCAGCAGACGCUUGUGGGCCAUUUAGAUUCAGUCAGGUCGGUGGUCUUCUCACCCGAUGGCUGCCUACUGGCAUCCGGCUCCGAAGAUAAGACAGUACGGCUCUGGGACCCCGCGACGGGUGCACUACAGCAGACCAUCGAGGGGCAUUCAGAUUGGGUCAGGUCAGUGGCGUUCUCGCCCAACGGUCGCCUAUUGGUAUCCGGCUCCGAGGAUAAGAAAGCAAAGCUCUGGGACCUGUCCACCGGCACGCUGCAUCACACUCUCGAGGGUCAUUCUGAUUCGGUAAGAUCGGUAACGUUCUCGCCUGACGGCAUAGUAGCGACUGGCUCUUGGGAUCAGACAGUGCGGCUCUGGGACCCCCAGACAGGUGUACUACAACAGACUCUGAAUAGCCAUUCAAUUAGGUCGGUGGCCUUCUCGCCUGACGGCCGUUUACUGGCGAGUGGCUCCUGGGAUCAGACAGUGCGGCUCUGGGAACCCCAGACAGGCGCGCUACAGCAGAAUAUUGAGGGCCAUUUAGAUUGGGUUAGGUCGGUAGCUUUCUCUCCCAACGGCCGCCUCUUGGCGUCCUGCUCUCAGGAUACGACAGUGCGGCUCUGGAACCCGGCGACAGGCGCGGUUCAGCAAAUUCUUAAGGGCCAUUCGGGCUGGGUUACAUCAAUAGCUUUCUCUCCCGAUGGCCGCCUACUGGCAUCCGGCUCCGAGGAUAAGACUAUAAAGCUCUGGGACCCGGCGACGGGCGCGCUUCAGCAGACGCUGAGUGCCAAUGGGCCAAUCACCGACCUCGGAUUUUCCCAAGAUGGUCUAUGUUUAAACACUAACCGGGAGACCUUUAAUGUUCCUUUCCGGUCUGCGACUCAUGCUCCUUGUUCAAACCUCGAGAACUUUGGGAUCUGCGUUGAACAGCGUCAAUGGAUUACGCUACAUGGCAGAAGGGCUUUAUGGCUUCCUCCAGAGUAUCGGCCUAUCAGCUUUGCGAUUAAUGGUAGCCUACUUGCCUUAGGGCCAGCAUCGGGGCGCGUCCUUUUCAUAAGAUUCCACGUAUAG